UCUCACUCCAUCGACCAACUGGAACAGCGUCUCCUCUAACACAUCAACGCCGGUGCUCGUAACCGUGGCGAUCUGCGGUCUGUCAUAGCGACGGGGUUCCUCUGUCACACCUGGUGAGUUCAGGUCAUCACAAGACCACCAGUCAGAGAUCUGUCCCUGCAGGAAGACACAGACCUUCAUCUCCAUCCUGCACUGAAGAGACCGAUCACCAUGACAGCUCUCGUUGUUCUGCUUUUGUUGCUGCUGAACGUGGAGUUCAGCUUCUCGUGUGACGCAGAAGGACGAGUUCUGAUCUGCAGGAACGUCCCUGCACAUUUCAGUCCGGGUUAUUCGACCCUGGCGAUGUACGUGAGUGACGUUGGGGAGAUCAACUCCACCGUGUUCCACAGUGACAACCUGACCUCUGUAACCAGGCUCAGGAUGGACAACGCCGGCGUCACAGCCGUCGCUGAAGGGGCCUUCGGUUCCUUCCUGAACCUGACGAGCGUCAGUCUGACGAGGAACAUGUUGACCCAUGUGACCUGGAGGUGGUUCGGCCGCCCUGAUGUCCUCACAGAGCUCAGCCUGACAGAAAACCACAUCCGAGCCCUGAACGAGUCCCAGCUGAGCGGCCUCGUCAGCCUCACGGAGCUCAGACUGAACAAGAACAGAAUCACAACCCUGGGUCCGAACAGUUUCCUCUCGCAGGUCGACCUGACGGAGUUGGACCUGUCGGAGAACAGGAUGACUCGGCUCUCGCCGCAGCUGCUCAGGUCGCUCAGGUCCACCAGGGUCGGCCUGGACAGGAACCCCUGGGACUGUUCCUGUGGAGCUGAGGACUUUGUGGUUCUCCUCAAAGAUCUUCAGAGCAGAUCUCAGCUGGACAGACACAUGGAGGUCACCUGCCAGACGCCUCCCGCCCUGAGGGGUCAGCCGGUGUGGAACGUGACGGUGUGCAUGACGUCACCGGAGCCAGGAUCAACGUCAGAGUCACAAUCUGUUCACACAAAACCCACUGACAGGCCGACAUCCUCAAAACCCACUGACGGGCCGACAUCCUCAAAACCCACUGACGGGCCGACUUCCUCCGCAAAACCUUUGACAACUGCAUCACAGUCAACAUCAGAGACGGAGACGUCCACUGAUGCCUCCGCUUUGAAAACGUCUCAGUCUGCAACACAUGUGACGUCAGCAUCAUCAGAGACGGAGCCGUCUGUCACGUCACACUCUGGAGGAACUGAAAAAUGUGCGACUUCAGAAUCAUCAUCCAACACAAAUACAGUGUGUUCGCUCAUCUUUGUGAUAGCGUUCCUGUGUGUGCCGCUGUGUGUGCUGUGUUUCCUGACGGUGCAGCUCCGGAGGAAACGCAGCAACAAAGCUGUGACGCCCGAUCGUCCGAGAGAAGAGAGAAGCGAGUUGGAAGCAGAGAGAAGAUCGAGUCACAAUGGAUCUGCAGGACGCUCUGAGAACACAGACCCAGAGGAGGCCUGGAGGAGGCCGCGCACUGGAGUCAGAGCUAAGUCGGCUAAUGCUAUUCUCUUCAUCGCUCCUUUUGGUGUGUGCGGGAAAAAUCAAGUGACUGCACAAAAUGACUCGGAGGCUCAGUCACAAGACGCAAAGACGAAAGUGGAAAAUGAAGCGGAAGCAACGAGAGGAAAUCAGGCAGAAAACACAAGUGAGAAAAAUGAGAAACAACCUGAUGACGGCAACGAGAUGGAGGAAAACUCUCAGUGUGUUUCUGUCGGUGCUGACGCUCUUCCUUAUCUGAGCAUCAGCACCGAUCAGAACCAAGCCAGUCCUGAGAAUCUCAACCAAAGGUCCACCGACAGGUCAGGUCAAAGGUCACAGAUGGGAAAAGUGAUGGGGAGGGUUUCCACCUGGCCUCCGACUGCAGUUCAGUGGCAGGAAAGAUGUCAAAUGAAGGAGGAGGGAAAUGAGACUGAAGUGAAGAAGACUGGAAACAAAGUGGAGCAUCCCUCUAUUUCUGACAAGAAGGAAGAAGAAAUGGAGCAAAAUGAAAUGAAAGAUUUUAGAACUCAGGUCCACACGGACUUCAAGAGAGAGGACCCGGCCUCAGCGAGACGGACGAGUCAUAAAACCCCAAGUCAAGACGCCAAAUCUGCAGGAAAUCCUGCGCUCAAGGUCUCCAGCCAAUCAGAGCAGAGGAAAGAAUCAAAACAAGCUGCGGGGGCGGAAAACAGAAGCACCGGCUCAAAGGCUCCCCCUGGUGGAGCCUCGCCAGAUGACGAAACGCUGCUGCAUGGCAACGAGUACGCCUUCAUGGACCUGCUGCACGAGGUCGCCCAGAACAACGGCCGCUGGACGCGAGAGAGGUGGAGACAGAUACAUGUCAACAAGCAGCGGCGUUAGAAAAGAGUUUUUUUGUGAAUUAUAUAGUUUUGGAGUUUUAACCCCAGAAUUCUUUAAAUUAAAUCAAAUUAAUCUGCACUUAAAUUCAGUCAUUCACUUUCUUGGUAAGAAUUGAAUGAACACAUGAAUAUGAUUUUAAUGAGAGUCCAUUAAAUCCACAGAUUAACAACAGAUCAAAUGAAUAUUUACCAUCGACUUCAGAUAAAUUCAAGUUACAAGAAUAAUAAUUAAACAAAACACUAGAAUCUGACUGAUACUGGAUUUUAGCCCGAUACUGAUGUUGAUAUGAGCUCAAACUAAUCGAUAACGACAUAUUUCACAAUUAUUAGGUUUAAUUCUCAACAGUAUUUCUGUUAAGUUUGUUGAAUUGCUGUGUGUGUGUUGGGCCACACUCGUGUCUGUAAACUACACAAGAGCCGACGGCCAGGAGACUGUUAGCUUAGCUUAGAAGGAAAACAGCUAGCUUGAUUUCAGAAUCUUCC